CCACCACUCUCUCUCUCUAUCUCUCCCUCUUUCUCUCUCUAGAAUUUUGCGCUCUGCAAUGUCCACCACGCCAUAAUCUCCCCUCUUGCCAUAAAAAAAAAAAAAAAAAAAAAACCAUGCCUUCCCGAUUCGCCCCUCUCCCCCUCCGCCGCCCUCCGCCGCCUCCCGCCGCCCCCUCUCGUCGGCGCCAACCACACCUCCGCCCGCUUCUGCUCCCGCUAAAUCCCCUCCCCCGCCGCCCGCCGCCCCACCUCUCUCUGCCAAUCUCGCCGGCUGAUUUCCUUUCCUUUUUUUUUUUCUUUUUUUUUGUAUAUUAAUACGUGAAUUACGUACCCGAGAUGGAGCCGCUCCCGGCCAAGCCCGGCUCCCCCUCCUCCGUCAGGAGCGUCCUCGUCCGUGCCCUCCUCGCCGGCGUCCUCCUCCUCCUCCUCCGCUUCGCCUACGUCGUCACCACCGCCGGCGAGUCCUGCCGCCUCGCCGACUUCUGCUUCCUCUCCCCCGACGACCUCAACCUCGUCAUCUCCGCCUCCGCCGUCUCCGCCGCCAACACCAACGCCAACGCCGUCCGGUCCGCCGCCGCCAGCCCCCCGCGCCGCAUCGCCGGCGGCAGCGGCGGGGAGGAUUGGGCCUCGGCCGUCCGGUUCUACGGCGCCGCGUUCCGGGAUUUGGCGUCGGAGGGGUUCCUGCCGCGGGGCGCCGCGGCCCUGUGCGUCGAGUCCGGGAGCGGGCAGGACGUGCUCGCCCUGAAGGAGAUCGGCGUGGCGGACGCGAUCGGGGUCUCGAGGAAGGCCGCCCGGCCGCUGGUGAUCUCCGGCCGGCCGCACCGGCUGCCGUUCCGGGACGGCGCCUUCGACUUCGUGUUCGCCGGCGGGGGGCGGUUCGACGGGGUGCCGCGGCCGCUGGACGCCGCCGCCGAGAUCUCCCGGACGCUGAAGCCCGAAGGGUAUGCGGUUUUCCAUGUGAGGGCUAACGAUACGUACAGUUUCGAUUCGUUCAUUGAUUUGUUCAAUUGCUGCCGGCUAGUGAGAUCGCGUGAUUUGGCCGGUUUUGAUACUUCAUUGCCUAAGAUACGUGAGAUUGUUCUGAAGAAAGUUAGCGAUUUUAGCAUUCUUAGCCACCCGGUGAAGAAUUCGGGUGGCGAUUCUGUGAAUAAGUGCUCGGUCUCAGAUAGUAGGCGGAAAUUGAUCCGGGACGCCGAGCCAUUGAUUGUAGAGGAGCCAUUGAAGCCAUGGAUUACACUGAAGAGGAAUAUCAAGAACAUAAAGUAUCUGCCGUCCAUGGUCGAUAUCAGUUUCAGGAAUAGGUAUGUUUAUGUAGAUGUCGGAGCUCGGGGUUACGGCUCUAGUAUAGUCAGUUGGUUUAGAAAGCAAUACCCGAAACAGAACAAGACCUUUGAAGUGUAUGCUAUCGAGGCCGACGAGCAUUUCUACGAGGAAUACAAGUCGAAAAAGCAUGUCACUUUGCUGCCGUAUGCUGCUUGGGUGAAGAACGAGACUCUGUCCUUCGAAAUAAACCGAGACCCGGGUCAGAAAUCCGAGGACAAAGGUAGAGGGAUGGGCAGGAUUCAGCCGGUUCAGUCCUCGAGCGAUGGAGAGGUGGCUAAGAUCCAGGGAUUCGAUUUCGCGGAAUGGUUGAAGAACACAGUUUCGGAGAAGGAUUUCGUGGUGAUGAAGAUGGAUGUGGAGGGGACUGAGUUCGAUUUGAUCCCAAGGCUGAUCGAGACUGGGGCUAUCUGUUUGAUCGACGAACUGUUUCUCGAGUGCCAUUACAACAGAUGGCAGAGAUGCUGUCCUGGCGAGAGAAGCUCCAAGUACGAGAAAACGUAUGGGCAAUGCCUGGAUCUCUUCACAUCCCUGAGACAGAGUGGAGUUCUUGUUCAUCAAUGGUGGUAGUAACUCUUUGGAAACAAGCAACAUCAUUGCCAAUGCUCACCAUGUGUUCUCUUUUGAUGCUGUGUUUUUCCUCUUACUGUUACAUUGUACUGCUUCAGUUUAGGCUUUUGUCCUGGAUAUUACUCAUUGUAUGAAGUCCUGUAGUGAAAUACCUCGAAUGAAACACGACGAAUUGAUGGUUUUCUCCUCUUGCGAUCGAAUCGAAUGUGGCACUCGUCCUGUUCA